AUGAUUAAUGUCAAGACAACCAUAAAGGUGAAUCAGGCUGUUACUGUGAUGCAUGAAUGUUUCCCGUCUGUAAAAGAACCUUGGAAUGGGAAGGAUGUUGCUGAAGAUAUAAUCUUUAGCAGGCCAUCGGAGGUGAAACGAUUAGAUUAUCGAGGCUUUUAUGCUGUGAUCUUAGAGAAAAUGACUGAAGUUGUCACACUUGCAAGUGUAAGAAUUUUUGGAGACAAAGUGGCAGAAGUAUCUCUUAUUGCUUUGCGAUUUCAGUAUAGAAGACUAGGUAAGUGCAAGACACUUAUGGAUGCGCGGGAACAAAAGCUGUCGAAUCUUGGUGUUGAGAAAAUAGUUUUGCCUCCAAUUUCUUCUGUUGUAGACACGUAG